ACCUUAAAUAAAAUCAAAUAAAUAAACAAUACAAGUAUCAUAAUCCUAGCCGUUCUUUCAUUAGCCUCACGAAUAUCUCACCCUCUCUCUGUCCUUAAACUAGAGAAAAAUAGAGUGAGAUAAAGAGAGCAAUAAAACCAGAUAACAGUUAACAAAACCCUAGACUACAAUGGAUCGCUCCUCCAAGCGCACCCGAGACGACCGUGACCGUGACCACCACAAACACCGAUCACGGGACGAUAAGCACCGAGACUCUUCCGAUUCUCACCACCACCGAUCAGAGAGAGAAUCUCACCAGCGCGACCAUCACAAAUCAUCUAGGCGCGAUGAUACUAAGCGCGAAAGAUCUCGCGAGCGAGAAGAGAGUGUAGAUAGGCGAGAGAGAUCUCACGAUCACAGAUCAUCUUCCUCAUCGAGGCGUGAGGACAGAGACAGAUCGUAUGAUGCGAGAGAGGAGAGAGAAGGGAGUAGAGAGAGAAAGCGCGAGAAGAGAGAGAGAGAAAUUGAAGAGGAGGAUUAUUUUGAGAGAAAGAAGAGAAAAGAGAGAGGAGGGAGUGAAGAUAGGGUUGUUGUUGACAAGGAGAAGAGAAGUAGAAGGAGAUUUGGCGAAAAAGUGAAAGAAGAGGAUAACAGUAUUGAUACCAAUAAUAAUGGUAAUAGUUUUGAGAAUGUGAAGAGUGUGGAUUUGAGUGAGGUUAGAGUGAAGGAGGAAGUGAAUGGUCAGCCAACUGGUGGCGGCAGUGGCAGCACCACAGAAAACGGUGGUGUUUCGACUGCAAAUGGUGAUACUCUGGCAACUUUCACUAAGACACCAAGCAAUUUGCCUGAGACCUCUGUGGCUCCUGUCCACCCCCUUCCUACCAAGGUAUCUUCAAUUUCAAACACAAAUGAAAAUAAGGGAGUUAGUAUUGCCAGAUCUCAUGAGGUUCCUGGAAAAUCUAGUACAGAUGGGACAACUUCAGCUGCUGGGAAAAGUGGAAAUCUAUCACUUGAUGCUUUAGCGAAAGCUAAGAAAGCCUUACAAAUGCAGAAGGAAUUGUCAGAGAAGCUGAAGAAGCUACCCCUGUCGAGUAAGGGUAAUACAAGUUCAGGUGGUAGCUUACAUGGUCCAUUGUCAUCAGCAACCAUUACUACUGCUGUUUCAGUAGGGGCUAUGCCAAGUUCAUCCACCUCAUCUACUAGUACUAUGGUGUCUGUAAAGCCACCUGCAACUGGCAUGGCACCUCCGCCUGAUAUUACUAGCAUGCCCAAUUAUGAAGCUGUUAAACGUGCCCAGGAACUCGCUGCUAAAAUGGGAUUUCGCCAGGACCCUGAGUUUGCUCCUCUUAUAAACUUUUUCCCCGGUCAGUUGCCAGCAGAAGUCUCUGUGCUGCAGAAACCUUCUAAGGCCCCUGUUCUUCGUGUGGAUGCACUUGGUAGGGAAAUAGAUGAACAUGGAAAUGUGGUGAACGUGACCAAACCAAACAACCUCAGCACCCUAAAGGUCAACAUCAACAAGCAGAAAAAGGAAGCAUUCCAGAUUCUCAAACCUGAAUUGGAUGUGGAUCCUGAAUCAAAUCCUUAUUUUGAUGCAAAAAUGGGAAUUAAUAAGAAUAAAUUCUUGAGACCCAAACGAAUGACUUUCCAGUUUGUAGAGGAGGGCAAGUGGUUAAAAGAAGCUGAAAUAAUGAAACUGAGGAAUCAAUUUGGAGAAGAAAGAGAAAAGGAUAUGAAGGCAAGGCAAGCAUUACAUGCGAAGGCAAAGGCAGCUCCUGAUAUAAAUCCUAAUUUGAUAGAGGUAUCAGAGCGAGUUAUAACCAAAGCAAAGCCUAAGGAUCCAAUUCCUGAUAUUGAGUGGUGGGAUGUACCUCUGCUGACUAGUGGGACUUAUGGUGAGGAUGUUGAUGAUCUCACGACCCAGCAUAGAUUGAAAAUGGAGAAAAUUACUAUCUAUGUGGAGCACCCACGUCCUAUUGAGCCCCCAGCUGAGCCAGCUCCUCCCCCACCUCAACCUUUAAAGCUAACUAAGAAAGAGCAGAAGAAGCUCCGUACACAGCGUCGCCUUGCUCGGGAAAAAGAUAGACAGGAGAUGAUUAGACAAGGCUUGAUUGAACCUCCAAAACCAAAGGUUAAGAUGAGCAAUCUAAUGAAAGUUCUUGGAUCCGAAGCAACACAAGAUCCAACUAGACUUGAAAAGGAAAUUCGAACUGCAGCUGCUGAACGUGAACAAGCACAUAUUGAUCGUAAUACUGCACGUAAGCUCACUCCUGCUGAGCGCCGUGAAAAGAAGGAGAGAAAGCUCUUUGAUGACCCAAAUACUGUGGAAACUAUUGUUUCUAUAUACAGAAUCAACAAUCUUUCAGACAAGAAAACCCGCUUCAAAGUUGAUGUCAAUGCCCACGAGAAUCGCUUGACUGGAUGCACGGUGAUUACAGAGGGAAUUUGUGUGGUGGUUGUUGAAGGGGGAAGCAAAUCCAUCAAAAGAUACGGAAAACUAAUGCUUAGGCGUAUAAACUGGGCUGAAGCUGUAAAUGAGGAUGAAGGAGGUGACAAUGACGAGAAACCUAUGAACAAAUGUGUGCUAGUGUGGCAAGGUAGUGUUGCCAAACCUAGCUUCCACAGGUUUUCUUUGCAUGAGUGUGUGACUGAAGCUGCAGCCCGAAAAUAUUUUGGUGAUGCUGGUGUUGCCCACUAUUGGGAUCUUGCUGUCAAUUUCUCUGAUGAUCAAAUGUGAGAGGCUGCUUUGAAGAAAGAGUGUUUUCAGGUCAUUACUGAUCUUUGUCAAAGUCUAGUUUCUUCAAUUUGCGGCUGAGAGUUCUGAGAUAACUCUGAUGCAAUUUUUCACCUCCAUGUGGCUUUCAGAUCAUUGAAAGUAGAUCUUUUGCUUUAAGAUACGUGUUGAUUUAAAUCCCAUGUUUCUGAACCUUUCUGUCCAUGGGGUUAGGCAGAAAAAUGCUUGAAAGCUUCGAAUUUAAAACGUAGACGCUAUUGUCAGAUUGAAUAGUUAAUUCUGAUGGUUGAUCUUUCUUCAAGGCAGUGUGGCAACUACUAGGCUGGUCUGGUAUCUAAGUGAAUUGUCAGAUAACAGUUACAUGUUUGCUUGCUUUAAGAUA